AUGAAUCGCGACAGCAACGACACACAGCCCGUCAAGCUCACAGGCGAAGAGAUAGCAAAGCACAACUCCCGAGAAUCAUGCUGGGUCAUAGUGCACGGGCGAGCCUACGACGUCACCGAGUUCCUGCCCGAGCACCCGGGCGGCCCCAAGAUCAUCCUCAAGUACGCGGGCAAGGACGCCACGGAGGAGUAUGAGCCCAUCCACCCGCCAGACACCCUCGAGAAGUACCUCGACAAGUCGAAACAUCUCGGCGAGGUCGACAUGGGCACCGUCGAGGUCGAGGAGAAGGAGGUGGAUCCCGACGAGGAGGACAGGCAGAAGCGCAUCGCGCGCAUGCCUAUCCUCGAGCAGUGCUACAACCUCAUGGACUUCGAGGCCGUCGCGAGGUCCGUCAUGAAGAAGACUGCUUGGGCGUACUACUCGAGCGGUGCCGACGACGAGAUUACGAUGCGAGAAAAUCACAACGCCUUCCACAAGAUAUGGUUCCGGCCCCGAAUCCUCGUCGACGUCGAGAAAGUCGACAUCUCCACCACGAUGCUCGGAACGAAAGUCGACAUGCCAUUCUACGUGACGGCCACGGCGCUGGGCAAGCUCGGCCACCCAGAGGGCGAGGUCAUCCUGACCCGCGGCGCGAGCAAGCACAACGUGAUCCAGAUGAUCCCGACGCUGGCGUCGUGCUCGUUCGACGAGAUCAUGGACGCCGCGCAGGACGGCCAGUGCCAAUGGCUGCAGCUGUACGUGAACAAGGACAGGAAGGUAACGCGGCGCAUCGUCGAGCACGCCGAGAAGCGCGGCUGCAAGGGCCUCUUCAUCACCGUCGACGCGCCCCAGCUCGGCCGCAGAGAGAAGGACAUGCGCUCCAAGUUCUCCGACGUGGGCUCCAGCGUCCAGAGCUCCUCCGGAGGAGAGGUCGACCGGAGCCAGGGCGCCGCCCGCGCCAUCUCGUCAUUCAUUGACCCGAGCCUCAGCUGGAAGGACAUCCCCUGGUUCCAGAGCAUCACGAAAAUGCCAAUUAUCCUCAAGGGCGUCCAGUGCGUCGAGGAUGUCCUCCGCGCGGUCGAGGCUGGCGUCCAAGGUGUCGUCCUGUCUAACCACGGUGGUCGCCAACUCGAUACCGCUCCGUCGGCCAUUGAAGUCCUCGCUGAAGUUAUGCCCGCUCUCCGCGAGCGCGGCUGGCAAGAUCGCAUCGAAGUCUACAUUGAUGGUGGUGUACGCCGUGCUACUGAUAUUCUCAAGGCUAUUUGCUUGGGCGCAAAGGGUGUUGGUAUUGGAAGGCCUUUCUUGUAUGCCAUGUCUGCAUACGGCCUGCCUGGUGUCGACCGCGCCAUGCAACUCCUCAGGGACGAAAUGGAAAUGAACAUGCGACUCAUCGGCGCCUCGGAUAUCUCUCAACUCAACCCUACUCUGCUUGAUACGCGGGGAUUGAGCAUGCACACUGCGGUGGUGCCGAGUGAUACCCUGGGCAAGAAUGUUUAUGAUCCAUUGGUUGGUCCCAAGGAGAAGGCCAAAUUGUGA